AAGAUGUGCUUGUUGAAUGCGUAAAUGCCAUAAUUGGGGCAGAGAGAGGGUUUAUGGCAAACUGUCGCUGCCCUUCAAUAUCUCGAGCGGUGUGAGACAAGGGUGUUCGCUGUCACCUUUCCUUUUAAUUUCGCCAUCGACGAAGUCAUGAAUACCACGCAGUAAGUGUGGAGUUGCUCUCAGUUCCGAAUUCCUAUGUUCCUAAAGGCACUGGUUUUUGAGCAGCUCCAUGCCAGACUUUUGAGCACGAUUUCCCACAGGAGCUUACCUAUGGUCAAGCCUUACGAGCCUCAGCUGUCGGAAGGCACAAAUCCAGGUAGCAGGCGCAACAACGGCCUGCCCAAAGAAUACGAACUAAUGAUGCAGAAAGUGUUUCAUCGGAUUGGCUUCACUGUCCCCGGCCGGAGGCGAAUCUACUCCAUUGUUCUAUCACGUCGAGCAAGUAAAUGCUCGGAAGAGGCGCGAUUAUCCACACCUGAAGGUCGUCUAACGAUGUAUCGGCGGUUGAUCGAAGGGAGACGUUCGCUUUGGAAUCAUGACUGGUGAAUUCUUGCCAAAUUCUGCUGUUAUUGCUGCCCGUCCUUUGUCAUCAUUAAAAUAAACGUCCUUUUGAAAAUGAUUUUCGGACCACCAACUUUAUGUUACUGUGGUCACCAGUGAGAUGAGCUUUUGUUGAAACUUGAUGGGAUGUGUCUUAUAGAACAGAAUACUCUUGGAAUCUCCUUUCUUCUCCACAGUCCCUGUGUUUGCAAGCUUGUACACCUCUGGUCAUCUCACUUAUUC